CUCUACACCGUCACCAGUCAGUGUGCAUUCUGAGUAACAGACUCAGGGUUUUAUUUUUGGACUGCUAUGGAGCCUGUGCCUUCCAUUUGAAGGAAGGGGGAAUAGUUGAACUCAACAUGAGUCUCCCGUUCUGACAGUCUAAGCUGGGACAAGCAGGCAGCCGCCGGACACCCCUGAACAGCAGACACACAGGGGACCUUGGCUGAAGUGUCUUCAACUGUCUUCUGUUAUCUGGUGGGGGCUGAAGAUUUAAUGGCUGUCAAUAUCGGUAAGGCUACCCAGGCAGGCCUGCUUUCCCAGCAGUACCCACCACCUUUGCUUCCCAAACCUGGAAAAGAAAAUGUCCGGCUCCAGAAACUACAAAAAAAAACAGCAAAGAAAAAAGCUGCUGCCCAAGCCUUACAGCCAUCAGCCCCCUUCCGCUCAAGCCUCUCUCCAGUAAAUGAAGCAAGCCCUGACCUGGAGCACAGCGAUCACUCAACUCCUCCUAAGACUCCAGAGACACCUUUCUAUAUUAGCACGGUACAUCCACGCUUCAACGUCCGACCACUAUAUCAGCAUGUAUCGUCUCCUUAUCCUCAUCACAGAGGAUUCACUUAUGGCCAGACAACAAGAUUUUCGCCACAAACACAUGUGGCUCCCGGCCACACCACAUACACAGCCUCGCCAGGAAUUGACAUACAUGUUACAGCUCCAAUCACUGUUCUUCAAAUUUCACAAAGAGCGGAAGUCAGCUCAGCUCUUACGACCCAUGUAAUUACCUCUAAAACUCCAAGCCCUCAGCUAAAUGUUCCUAGAGCAGCAAAGCCGUUGUUUGAAGUCCCUCAAAUCACCAAUUACACUGCUAAGUCAGUAGUUUUACAAAUACCUUAUACAUCAACAACAAGGAGUAAAACACCUACUGCAGAGUUACUGAGAGGCCCAACACCAACAUUUGAGGUUAGAAGAAUAGUGACACCAACAUCUGAAAUUCGAGACCGAACACCAACCAGGGAAAUCAAAAAGGCUACAACACCAACUUUCGAAAUCAAGCGGAUGACAACCCCAACUUCUGAAAUUAAGAAAACUCCAACUUCUGAAAUCAGGAAAGAGACGAUUCCAUCUUCUGAAAUGAAAAGAGUCAGUACUUCUGCUUCAGGUAUUACACAAAAUGGAACAGAGACACUUGAGGCAAAACAGGGUACAACUUCAACACUUGAGCCGAAAGGGGUUACAACACCAGUAAGAGUAAAGACACCAACAUAUGACUUGAUCUCAAUAAGAACGCCUAUGGGGCGACCCAAGACACCCUCAGAUCAUGUGUCACGUGUUAGAGUAUCUGUGAUUGAAAUUUCACGACCAAAUCCACUUUUAUUUGCUGUGUCUCCUGUACAUAUGGAGGGCAGAAGAUCCAAAACACCAACUUCAAGUUUGAUUGGUCCACGUGAUGAAAUUAAUAAAGUUUCAACUCAGGUUAAUGGCACCAGUCAUUCAGAAAUAUAUCAAAAUGGGGACAUAGAUGCUAAAUCAGCUGAACCCUUAAAAGAAAAACUGGAUAAGACCCUUUCAGAAAACCUCCCAAAGCUUGAGUCUUCAAAGCCAAAAACCCAAAUACAGGAAAGCCCAAACCUUAAUGCAAAUGAGCAUCCAAAGCAGGAAACCCCAACAACACUCAAAAUUGAACCCACACAAACUCAUUUAUCUUCAGUUGACUAUCAAAGGCCAUUAUCUAAAGUCCCUCCAUUUGCAGGUCAAAGACCCAAAACACCAACAGCACCUAAAUCCAAACCAGCCUAUUAUGGAUUGACACCUGCUGAAUAUGCAGCCCAUGGAGGAAUAAAGAGUUUCUCGCCCAGCUUUAGCAUUUCAACACCAACUGUUCUACCAAGUGUAGAAGCAACUCACCUUCCCAAACAAGUACCAGUAGUACCUCAAGCUAAUGAAAAUGUGACCACACCUAAUAAAAACUCUGAAAAACAAGUUAAAGUCCAGCCACCUCAGACGGAUGUUGUCAAAGAUAAAAUCACUGUGGUGCCUUCACUUCUAGACAUUUCGAACACUACAGGGGACAUUCCUAAGCAACCUGUGCCAGAAUUAAAAGCAAAAAAGGCUGAUGUUAAAAUCCCAACUAUUGUGGUAUUUGUAGCUGACACGCCAUCAUCAGAAGCAAAAGCAGUGGCAAUAAGUACCGUGACUCCAAGGGUAAGAACUCCAACCUAUGGGUCUCCCAGACUUUCCCAAAUGACACCAGCCCUUCCAACUGUGAAGGAAACUACUAAAACAGAAAGUAAGGCUGUGCUGUUGUCUGACCAAGAUGUGGACAAGCCAGCACUUUCAAAAGUGUCGGAAGGUAAAGUAAAUGCCAUACCUACCAAAGAAUCAGAGAAGCCAACAGAGGCAAAAAUGUCUCUGUUAGAGAGAAUUAAGAAGCAGAAACUUACACCUGCUUCUGAAAAACCUCCGGAAAAGGUUGAGGUUAAAGAUGUGGUUAAGCCUUUGGCUGAACCAAAAGACCAAAAGGACAUUGAAACAAAGGACGCUCAACCUGAGAAGGUUGACAAAGUGGACACAAAAGCUAGUCCCCAAGAAGAGAUCCAGCCUGCAGUGGAAAAGAAGGAGAAAGAUGAAGGAUCCUCUCUUCCUGCAGAGUCUCUCUUGAAGGUGAUGCAGAAACCAAAAGGAAUGAAGUCAAAGCUCAGUGGCUGGUCUCGUCUUAAGAAACAUAUGGUGGUUGAUGUAGAGGAACCCAAGUUUCCAGAGACAGAGCCUGGGUCAGAGAAAGAUGUCCCUGCCACCACUGAUCAAAAUGAAAAGCAAAUGCAAAAUAAGCCUGAAGACAAAGCUAAGCUUAGUGAGAGCCAGGGCAGUAAAGACCCCCCUAGAGCAACGAAAAUGUGGGAUGCUGUCCUCUUCCAAAUGUUCUCAACCGAAGAGAACAUAAUGCAACAAAUAGAAUCAAAUAAAACCGAGGAGCAAAAGAUGAUGGAGGCAGAACAAAAGACGCCAAAAGAGAUUCCCACAUUUGCACAUCGUUUGCCUGUUCUCCUGUAUAGCCCACGGUUUGAUGCCAGACGACUAAGAGAAGCAGCUUCACGACCAGCAACAAAGAUUGCAACAGUUUUUGAAAUGGGACUUAUAGGCCGUAAAAAUAAAGAUGAAGAACCAAAAGACUUUAAUAGAACAGCCAAAGGCUUCAGUGGUUAAACCACUGACUUGACGGAUAACAUAAAUAUUUGUUGUUAGUUUUAAAUUCAUCGGUAGAGUUCUGUUUAUAAUCCAAUCCCAUUCUUUACUUCUAGCUUACACUUUUAUAACUUUAUAACAGAUCAGUUGGCAAACGAACUAAAUAACCAUUUUUCAAAUGCACAAUAACUAAUUUGUAAUAUUGAAGCAAUUGCCCAGUUGUCAAUUGGCAUUUAAUUAGUUACUUAGAAGAAUAAAAAAAAGCUUUAUUUUUUUUUUUUUGAAAGUUUUAAAUUAAAGACAUUUUGCUUAAGGA